AUGUAUUUGCAUUUUGCAACGUACAAAGACAUUCAAGUUCACGUUACCAAGUUGAAUCAGAUGGAGCAUCCCGAACAACCAGAACACCACAGAGCUCCAGAACAACCUCAACAUCAUAGGGCUCCCGAACAACCAGAAUACCAUAGAGCUCCCGAACAACCUGAACAUCACAGGACUCCAGAACAACCAGAACAACACAGGGUUCCCGAACAACCUGAACACCACAGGGCCCCCGAACAACCUGAACACCACAGGGCUCCCAAACAACCUGAACACCACAGGAUUCCCGAACAACAUGAACAUCACAGGGCUCCCGAACAACCUGAACAUCACAGGGCCCCCGAACAACCACAGAGCUCCCGGACAGCCAGAGCACCACAGAGCUCCCGAACAGCCAGAACACCAUUAGGCUCCUGA